AUUGGCAGAGAGGGGUGGAGGACACUGAGUGGAGGCCAGUGGAGGGAUUGGCAGAGAGGGGUGGAGGACACUGAAUGGAGGCCAGUGAAGGGAUUGGCAGAGAGGGGUGGCAGAUACAGAACGCAGCAUUCCUGAUAGAUUAAAGAGGGGAUAGCCUGCGAUGAGGUCGGCCAAUGAGGAGAGAGGUACAAUAGUCAAGGAUGAGAUAUAACAAGGGAGUGAAUAAGUUGCUUAGUGGUUUCCGUGGGUUAGGAACGGUCGUAUCUUGGAGAUGUUGUGGAGGUUGGAGAUGUUGCGGAGGUUGGAGAUAUUGCGGAGG